AUGAGCGCAAGAACACGGCGACAAAAGGCUUCACUCGCUGCUGAGGAGAGUGAAGAUUCAUAUGAGAAUGGCUCCGUAUCGACCCCUUCAAAGCGCGCCUCAUCCAAGAAGAGGGCCAGAUCCGCCGCACGGGAAGAGAGUGAAGAAAACAAGGAAAACAUCUUCCUUUUCAUUCCGAAUCUUAUCGGAUAUUCCCGAGUCUUUUUGACCUUCGCCUCCCUAUACUACAUGCCCCUCCACCCCCGGACCUGCUCCUUCCUCUACUCGGUGUCCUGUCUGCUGGACGGCCUGGACGGUUAUGCAGCACGAUACUUCCAUCAAUCUACCACCUUCGGUGCAGUGCUGGACAUGGUGACCGACCGAUGCACCACCGCGUGUCUUUUAGUCUUCCUGAGCUCCGCCUGGCCCCGGUGGGCUAUCAUUUUCCAAGGUCUCAUCAGCUUGGACCUGGCCAGCCACUACAUGCACAUGUACGCUACUCUGAGCAUGGGUGGAUCCAGCCAGAGCCAUAAGAAGGUCGAUCCCAACCGUAGCUGGAUUAUGUACCAGUACUACACCAGCAAGACCGUUUUGUUCAUUUGCUGCACCGCCAACGAAGCCUUCUUCAUCGGUCUGUACCUCUUGUCUUUCUCCUCGCCGACCCUGUCCCCGUCGCUCCUCCAGCCCGGAAACCCUGUUCAACCUGAGGCAGCCAGCAUCUUCGCCAGCCCCUGGAGCGCAGCUGCCCUCGAAAUGGCGCGUGCCAACAAGCUCGAGAGCACCUGGCCGUGGAUCAUCACCGGCAUCUCGUUCCCCAUCAUGGCCUUCAAGCAGUUUGUCAACGUCGUCCAGAUGGUGAAUGCCAGCAAGUGGCUCGCCGAGGGCGAUCUCGCUGCUCGCCGAUCCAACCGCAAGAACUAA